AUGGCCCAGACGAUGACAACCACAUUUGUCCACCCCACUUCCUACUUCAAUGACCCCGUCACGCACGACUUCGACCACGACCUCCUCAACGUCCCUGAGGCCCAAGCGGCGAGGCUCUUCAUGAACUACGAGACGAUCGACGACAAGCUCGGCCUUAACGGCAGAUACCCGACUCCUGAACCACUCGACACCAUCAAACUCGCGAAGGAGGUCGACCCGCGUACGUCUCAGCGACGAGCUCCUACUCACGGCAUCCGGAUGGAGGACCUGGACAAAGGGACCGGGCGUAUGAUCGGUCGGGCCGCUUCGCCCCACAAGCCCGGCGAGGGUCCGAGGCUCUACAGCAACAUCGCCGCGCGCGAGCUGGCGCUGGAGCGCGACCGUCUGAGGGUGCUCGCGGCACAGCGCUUGGCUGGCACCUUGGCGAACGGGAUGUGCUGCCCCCACCCGGACGCGACGCACUGCUCGGAGACGAACGAGCCUCACUGGCGCUACCAGUACGACGGCCCAGCCGUCGCGUGGCACUAUCAGGCGCCCCAGUACCCCAGCACCUACUCACAGGCGUUGCUUCAGAACGCACCUGUCCGGGAACCCACUUCACUUUCUCAGCCGGAGGCGGUGGAUCCAUGGGACUUGUCCUCUCACCAGGCACCCGUGUUCUACAGGAAGAUGUUCGUGGAUGCGGACAUGCCUCCAUCCGGGGGAAAGCAUAUGCUCUCUGCUGCAGAGUCGCGCGCGUCAAUUCCGCAUGAGCAUGCCCGGCCCUCUACUCCUCCGAAGAGUGCCGUCGUGGAUGCGAAGAAAAUGGCCGCCAAGAAGAACAAUAUUGCGAAGAAGGUUCAGUUGCUUCGUCGCAGAGGCUCACAAGUCUACUAG